AUGCAAUUGUAUACACCAGCAUAUAUUCUUUCGCCAAAAUCAGAUUUUCAUUUUAAACCAUUUACUGAUAUAACAGAACAAACAAAUAUAAAUGGAAGUAUUUUAUUUUGUUCAUAUUGUCUAUCAGAUGGUCAACGAUAUCUUUUAACAGCAUGUUGCGAUGAUCGAGGAGAAUUAUUAGAAACAUGUUCAAUUAAUAUUGAAGUACCAGAUAGACAUAAAAGAAAAAUUCAACAUGCUCGACGAAUUGAUCUACAAAAAUUAUGGGAUUUUAUAAUGCGUAUUGUUACAAGUACAACAAUGCCAUGGAGAAUUGUUAUUGGACGAUUAGGAAGACUUGAUCAUGGAGAAUUAAAAAAUUGGGGAGUAAUAUUAUCAAAAAAGAAUCUUGUCCGUUGUGCUACAUUAAUACGUGAAUCAUGUUCAAUGUGUCAUAUUUUACGUAGGCAUGAUCAUCCAGUUAUAUUAUCAGCAUGUUUAAUAUCUAUGGAAACACAUCCAUUAUUAACUAUUCUACCAGAAUCACUUGAACUUGGAGAAAUGCGUGGAACACAACCAUCAAAUAAUAAUACAACAACAAUGCAAAAUAGUGGACAAGUUUUAAGUGAUGUUUCAGUAACACAUAUUCUUACAUUACCAACAUCAGCAUCUGUACAGCAUGUACAAGCCAUUCCUCGACCAAAUGAUCCUCGUCAAUCACCAAUCUAUAAUGAAGAUGAUUUAUUUAAUUCAAUAUUUGAAGGAUUUGAUACUGAUCCAUUUGAUUCUGAAGUUGAUUUAAAUGAUAUACCAUCAUUACAUCAACAACCACUUGCACUUGGUUUUUAUGUUUCAACAAUAGGUACAUUAAAUUCUUUACCAAUAUGGAUGUUACAAGGAAAAUCAAAUCAACGAUUAAAUAACACAUCAAGUGUAUUUAAAGCAACAUUACAUGUUAGUGUACCUAAUGCUCAACAUUCAGAUGAUAUGUUAUUUGCUCAAAAUCAUGAUCAAAAAUCCAUUCAUCCACUUGAUUCAAAUUAUACAUAUGUUGUACUUAGACAUGUUCUUGAAUCUUAUAAUCGUUUAUCGUGGUUAUUAAUAGAUGCUAAAACUAAUGAACGUGCUAGUUGUUUACCAAUUCAUAUGGAAACAUUAUUAAAAUUAUAUCAUGCUUUUAUUAAAUUUGUAUAA